AAAAGGGAGGACACCCAGGAAGAGUUCAGGAAAAAGCUGUCAGAAUGGAGGUCGACUGAAGUUGGAAUCUCCUUGGAGAAACAUGGACUGGACAGAAGAGCGAAGGACAAGCUUGAUGGAGACAAUCACCUCCUACAGACGGAGCUGUGAGGAGGUGCCUCAGGCCCGGGUUCUCCUCCUGGGCCCGGUCAGUUCUGGAAAGUCGAGCUUCAUCAGUUCAGUCCAGUCUGUGUUUAACGGAAGAGUCACCAACCGGGCCAUGGUGGGCUCCUUCUCAUCCGGUUUUACCAAAAAGCUGCAGUCCUUCAACAUUCGGGGUAAGAAGGGUGAGGAUCAUACUGGGCUGGUGCUGUGUGAUACCGUGGGUAUGAGUGAAGACGGGAUGACCGGACUGACUCUUCAUGACAUCCUGUCAGUCGUUAAAGGCCAUGUUCCUGAAGGACACAAGUUUAGCCCAGACCAGCCAGUCUCCGCCUCAGAAACUGUGGGCUACGUGAAGAGGCCGAGUCUUAAAGACAAAGUCCACUGUGUUGCCUUUGUGGUGGAUGCCUCAAAAAUCACAACUUACCCCAAAGGCCUGAGCACCACAUUUAAACAGCUCAGAAAGCACAUCAGUGACCUGGGUGUUCACCAGGUGGCGCUGCUCACCCACGUGGACCAAGUUUGUUUGCAAACAGCCAAAGAUGUCACUGGUGUUUAUGAGAGCCGCACAAUUCCGGAUGUGAUGGGUAAAGCCGCCGCUCUGUUGGGCAUGUCCACCUCCUACAUCGUUCCAGUGAAAAACUACUCGUCAGAGCUGGACCUGGAUGUAAACACAGAUGUGCUGCUUCUCAGUGCUGUUGAUCACAUCCUGCAGUAUGCUGACCUGUAUUUCCAGGACAAUGCACCACAGAACAAAGAGCUCAAGACAGUCCUGGAUCUCUGAUUUCUAAGUGUUUAGAUU